UAAUAUUUUUGACAUUGUUCAGUGUUCACAGCAGAUGGCGGAAGUGUCCAUUUGAACCCAAAACCUCCUUCUGUUCUGCACUUCUGCGUUCAGUUUGUCUCCCGACAGAGAGAGAUGAAUCACGUAGCAGCAGCUGAGGAGCGAAUAGUUUCAGAGAGAUUGAAGCGCAAACUCAACGAAGUGAAUGCGGCAGCUCAAGCUCAACUGUCUGGAAUACAGGACCAUGUUAAUUUCACCCUUCAGAAAGCGUAUUUCAAAUGUGCAUAUGAAUGCUUCGAGAGGAGACGAACACAAGAAGAGAUAAACCACUGCGUGGAAAAUUGUAGCGUUCCAGUUCUUAAUGCCCAAAACAUGGUUGAGAAUGAGAUGGCCAAGUUUCAAGAAAGGCUGAACAGGUCUUUAAUGGUUUGCCAAGACAAGUUUGAGGCCGCAAAGCUUAAACAGAUAAAGACUGGGGCAAUGAAUGAUUUGGAGUCAUGUGUUGAGGAAGCAAUCCAAGGAAGCAUCCAACUAUUGCCACAUGUUGUUGAUCAGUUGAAGGCUUCCUUGUCCAUUGAUGGAUAAAUCAUUGGAAAUCUUGGGAAACUAUCUCUUUCCCUUUCUAUUCAUGUUUUUUUGUACUGUUAACGAAAUGAAAAAUGAUGAUAUCAUGCCAUACAGUGAAACAACCUGAUUUUUCUGAUUUUUCAGCAAAGAAAACCCAGAUGAAAUAAAGACAUAUUUUGAUCAGGCCUAGCUGAAUUUUGGUUUA